ACGCGCUCAUGCAUCCGCCCGGACACCGGCCGGCCUGGCCUUCCCUUCCAGGAUCCCUGCACGUCCCCGCUGCUGCUGCUGCCGCCGGUGCUACCUGCUGCUGGUCCCACCAUGAUUUUCUUACUGGCUUUCUUUGCCAGCAUCUUCCAGACAGCUUUUACGGGAGUGAAUGAACGCACUUUCCUUGCCAUCAAGCCAGAUGGGGUACAGCGGCAUCUGGUUGGUGAGAUCAUCCGGCGUUUUGAGAAGAAGGGAUUCAAGCUGGUGGCGAUGAAACUCAUGCAGGCAUCAGAAGAGUUGCUGAAGGAACAUUACAACUCUCUCCGUGAGCGUCCUUUUUUCAGCCGCUUGGUGUCAUUCAUGAGUUCGGGACCGAUUGUGGCCAUGGUCUGGCAAGGGCAGGGGGUAGUCAAAACUGCCCGCCUGAUGAUCGGAGAAACCAACCCAGCCGAUUCCAACCCUGGAACCAUCCGAGGAGAUUUCUGCAUUGAAGUGGACAAGAACGUGAUUCAUGGCAGUGAUUCGGUAGAGACUGCUCAGCGAGAAAUUGCACUCUGGUUUCGUUCUGAAGAACUGAUCUGUUGGAAAGAUAGCAGAGAGCACUGGAUUUAUGAAUAACCAUUU